AAGUGAGGUGUAAAUGAAAUAAUUUGUACGGAAAAGCAGAAUUACCUGCUCAUAUACAGGGCAUAAGUUCCACACGCACGCCGUAUUGGUCAGCACUAUAACAGGUUAUUCUGUUUGCAUGGAACAACCAACAACACCCCUGUGCAGUGUCUUUACUUGGUAUUGGUGAAUCAUGGAGGAAAGCACAGCAUUCUGUACAGAGGAGGUCUUUUACCGGUAUUCCGUCACCUCAUUCGAAGACAAGCUCAUGAAAAAAUACCGUGAGUUAGAAGAAUCGAGACUGCCAAAGGUGGCCAACGACAGCCGUUCUCAUGCCGAUGCCAAGGCCUCGAGAAGAGAUAGAAUCAAGGCACAACAGAAACGUCCCGGCAUCAGUGAAAUAACGGAGGAAGCUUUGCACGUGAGUCCUGAGCAUGGGGCGGCGAGGAGUCACGGUUACCCAUGCCCCAAAGUGCCUUACCCCAGACGAUCUGAACUGACACAGGAUCAGAUGGCAAAGUACAUCGCUUUGUACAAUAUGUACCAGAACUACACACCGCCUCAGCAACCGGAUCCACUCGUUGUCAUGAAGAUGUUGGAGUUCAGGGAUCUACAGCAAAUUGUUUUGAGAGAGCAAGAGGAAUUUAUGACGUAUCUGAAGUUUGCAGCUAGAAAGUGCACCGUCGAUUAUUCGUUUCUGCAUCCAGAAGCAGCAAAAUAUGUUCAGGAGAGACGGGUGAUGCUGCGUCGGAGGGUGGACGACUACCCGCGCUUCUACCAGCUCUACCAGACGUCAUCGUUCUCCAGCAGCAGCAGCAGCAGCAGCAGUGUAGGGAAGCCAGAAGAUAAGGCGAUGCUGCAGCACGAACGCAGCCUCCUACGCAUGGGAAAAGUUCCGAGGAUGAUUUUGAAUGUACCCAUCAAAUUAACCCAGAAAUACGACGUGAUAUCGAAGAGGUAUCCAUGUGUACGACAGCAUCACUGCGACACCAUGUAUACAAAACAGCCAAUAAGCAAGGACAGGAAUGCAGCGAUGUUAGCAACGAAGCAUCGCACGCAUGUGGCCAUCACCUCCGCAGGCCUACGCGUAUUAUGCAACAAUCUUCCUCCACAUUUCAGCCACCAGUGGGAGUUACCAGUCACCGUCAGAGAAUCUGUGAAGCCAAAUGGUCCACCGUUCAAGAUUGUGUUUGUUGACAAGCCAUUACCUGCAAAUAUUGUAACAGCUAAACAGAAGAAUUGCCUCUUUCACAAGUAUGCUCUUAAAGCAAGACUGCUGCAUCCACACCAUAUAAAGGCACACAGGUUUUCAGGAAGUGAGGGUGAAGUGAGUGCUAAAGAAACUUCAUGUGUUAGUGUGACCGCUUUGUUGGACGUGAGCAAUAAUGGUGCAAAUAGGUUGGAGCAAGUGGUCAGUGAAACUUUACCUCGUUCAGCACCAGGUGUCAGCACUGUGUCACCCGACAAGAGAAGACGUCUGCCAAGUGAAGCAGACGCCGAUAACGACAUUCGUUUUGGACACAAUGUGAACAAGAAGGCUAAGCUACCGUCUAACACAGAAGUUUGUGCUUCUGGUACAGAUGCUGACUCUUUCAAUCUUCAAAAAUCACCCGUACAGAUCCUGAUGCAUGAUCACGAGAAUGGUGGUAUUGAUCUCAAAGGUCAGACAAAGGUCGAUUCCCCAACGCAAGAUAUCGCCAGCAAAUCCGAGGACACGUCUGCGGGGGAAGAAGAUGCUCCUGCAGAGGCAACUUACUCGUGCUCGGACACCGACGAGGAGACAACUCUCACGAUCGACGUGGGUAGCGGCGGCGACGGCAGGUCCGACGAGUCCGGGCCUUCAAGGCAGGAACCUCAGCGUCAGCUUCCCACGCGGGCCAGGACCCAGUCCAGCCACGAAGCACAAAAUCAAGGAGCGAAUCGUGACACGCGGCGACAGGCCGAGAGAUGCUGCAGGGUGGACGAGAACACAAAGGCAACGCUGGACGAGAUAGCACGCCUGCAGCUGAAGAUGACGGAGGUUUCGCGGAAGCAGGCAAACACCUCAACAGAACACCAGUCGUGUCCAGAGAGUGAUCUGCUGUCUGGAGAUAAAAAAGAGGAGGAGGAGGAGGAGGAGGAGGAGGAGGGUGGGUUUCUCCAGCCACCGGAGGAUGAUAAUGUCACCUACUCGCUCUGCACGCUCGGUGAUAUCCGGUUGCUCGUGCGUUGCUCUUAUCACGGCUCGCAGCGACGGGAAAAUCCCACCGAGCCACAGUUUGUUCACCUGGUGCCGAAACUUGAGUACCAGCUCAGCCACGGCCUGGAGGAGAUGACACAGACGGAGAAUCUCGCAGAGUGGCUAAGCCUCGUCGUUAGACCCCACUGCAGUCUUCUCAGAGCGAGGAUAAAUCCGCACACCGCCGACGUGGUCGCGCACGACCUCAUCGGUCUGGAGAACGUGACCAAUCGCAAAGUUUUCGCUCCCGCUCAGGCGACGUCGGCACUGGCGGCCAUCUUGGAAAAGCUGGUGUCUCUCCCUGCAGGCCAGUACAUAGUACAGCACUCCCCUGGUGACGGCCACAUAAGGAUGCUUCGUAACACGGAAGCCAAUAAGAGAGGCGUGUACGAUCUGCACGAGGAGUACGGGACCGGCGAUCGCGACGCAGACCUCACACCUAAGGAUGUGCCGUGGGUCGCGAUCGAUCCUUCAAUAUUCACCCAGCAGCAUAGGCAGCACAAUAGAAUUCCCUGCACGUUCGAUCCAGCCGACUACGUUGAGCCACAGCAGUUCCAAUCCCCGACCAGGGCCAGUCGUCACACGGGUCAUCAGAAAAGACGUGGUGGCCAGGGAAGGGGUAGGGGGAAAUGCAGGAAUCAAGGAGAUAUGCAAGAAGGGCAGGGCAGGGGUAGGGGGAAAUGCAGGAAUCAAGGAGAUGGAAUCAAGGAGAUAUGCAAGAAGGGCAGGGCAGGGGUAGGGGGAAAUGCAGGAAUCAAGGAGAGAUGCAAGCAGGGCAGGGUAGGGGUAGGGGGAAAUGCAGGAAUCAAGGAGAUAUGCAAGCAGGGCAGGGCACGGAACACACAAGAGGAAGGGGCGGGCGUUCAGGAAAAGGAAAGAAGAGAGGCGGUGGACGAGGGCAAAGCGGUAAAAACCACUAGAGAUGGUUACAUAUUGUACAUUGGUAAAUAUUGUACAUUGGUUACAUUGUGGAUUUAGAAUUUGCAUGCUUCUUCAUGAUCAUGUUUUUACGGAGUCAUUGCAUGUAGUAUUACAAUUCCUUUAAUGAUCUAGGUAGCAUAACACAACGUAACAUUAUUUAAUUACCAUCAUUUUCAUUAACAUUAAAGGGCUCUUGAUAGUGUGUUCAAAGGUCAAUAACUGAAUUCUCUGUGUAAUUAUUUUAUGCUCAAAUUAAACUGAAUAUCAGUAAUAUGAAAUGUUAUAGCAAUUUAUUAAUGUAAAAUUUUUAUAGUUUCAAUGCUAGACUGAAUACAUCCACCUGAACCAAUGCUUACAUUCUGAUGUGUCACACGAUAGUGAAAGAAGUGUAGUGCAUCGUACAGCUCUCACCAACAUGUGCCAGAUUGACAGGUAUAUAUAGUUCACAUCCAUAUGAUUACAUAUAUAUAUAACAUUUUAUAUCUCCAUCAGUGCUAUCACACCAUAGAUAUAUAUACAAACACAUGUGUUUGUAUAUAUCUGACUAUGAUCACACUCAGUGGUAAAAAAGAUGUUUUCAUCACAACGUUUGUCAUAGAAAGGUGGAACAAGUGUGCAUAAUAUACGAUAUUUUAUUUACAGAUUAGACGUCCCCGUUUAAAAAUAAAAGCCCACCAACCCCAUAAAUUUUCCACCGACUGCAUCAUAAUAUACAUUUAUCAACAUAUCUGGGUAUUAUACAAGUAACAGAGAAUUACUGUUAAUGCAAUUAUCACAAAGUAUAUGGCAAGACCAGACUGCGUAGAACGUCCAUCCACAUUAGUUUUUUUCUGUCAACAUCUUUGUCUAACCAUACCAAACCACAAGCAUGUACCUUUUAGAACAAGCGAGUAUAACCAAACUAAAAACCAUACACACUCACAUAAAUUAAUGUCUAUUGCUCAUUCACACAGAAUACUAUUUGGCGGUGACUCACCAUCACUUCGUGUCGAUGACAUUUUUCUCGUAACCAAUUCUGGUAUAAAAUAUUCAAACGUACACAACUUAACACACGCUCGUUUUUGAAAUAAUCUUCAUGAAUCGCUAUGCCAAUUUUAUGAUAAAAAUGGUGAAAUUAUUACCAUUAAUUAUACCACUCAAGUCCACACGUGGGUGAAGGAUGCCAAAAUCUACACGACAGAAAUGUGAGUCUCAGUCAUUGCUAACAGGAAAACUGACAGUGAGAUAGAAGGUCUAACUUGAUACAUGCUUAUGAUCAAUAGCCACCAAAUUCGCCACUAUCUGUACAUAUACACUUUUGCAUACACUUUUGCUACAACCACGCAUGGUUACCCAGUAGUGAGUACAAGGGAUAAUAUACUAAUAUACCCGAAGAAGGUAUUGCACGCACAAUAACACGGACAUUCCCAGUCCGUUGCAUGUUACUUACAUUGAGCUGAUUACCUGUAAAUAAAACGCAGCAUGCUCGUGUUAAUACAAGAAUGACGAAAGUAAUAGGUAGCUGUUCCAUAAUCGUCAACCUGUCAACAGUCAUUUUGAAAUGACGUGUGACAAGGAUAUGAUUGUGCAAACUAAAGAAAGAGCAUCCACUUCUCUAGUAUUAGGCAAAGUGGUCCGCAUAUAUAAUAAUAUAAGGCUAUACAACCAUACAGAGCCCGUUAUUGCAAGUUCAUCUACAACCGAUUGGAUUUAGCUGAAGUUUUUUUUCUUUAUUUCAUAGUUGCUGGACUCCCAAGUUACCUGCCGCUGCUCUGCACUUGCAAAAACAUAGCAUACACCAACGCACCAAUGUGCAUAAUAUGAUUUACAGCCCUACUUGGCCAAACCCCAGCUGCUUAAUGGUAAUGAUUGCAUAAACGUAUGCAGGUAAACAUGGCAAACAAAUAGUAAUCCACACCACCGACAGGUUUCGAUGUUCCAAAUUGGUAUCCCAUGUUGACUUUCGAGCGAGACUUCAGGUGAGUCCGAUAAAAAAAAACAAGACCGUACAGUACUGUGACUUGUGACAUUCAGAUUGUCCACAAAACGCAUUUACUUUAGCCGUGCACUGUAAGUCACGUUAUCCUGAACACCAUAUCACAUAACCUGCGGCUAUUUACAAAAUGAUUGUCGAAUUGAUGACACUGCAUGUUAUCGUCAGACACGCAGGAGUAAUACCAAGGUGUAAUUAUGCCUCUCCUGUUUACUUCGCACUAGAAAUAGCAAGUCACCAUAGUACCACGAACCUAUGAAUACUAACUCGGUUAAAACUCUGGUUUUAGUCUGGCAUUCUGUGGUCUGGCCACGCCCAUGGUCCAACCCGCAAUUCUUCCGUGCAGAAAUAUUACAGGUGCACGAAAAAAAAACUAAAUUUGGCAGCAUGAAUGAUUUCUUUCUCUCCUUUAUUCUAUUAUCCUUUCUCUCCUUCCAUUCUCAUCUCUCUCCUACCUUCUAUUCUCAAUUCUCCCCUACCUUCUAUUCUCAUUUCUCUCCUACCUUCUAUUCUCAUUUCUCUCCUACCUUCUAUUCUCAUCUCUCCCCUUCCUUCUAUUCUCAUUUCUCUCCUACCUUCCAUUCUCAUCUCUAUCCUACCUUCCAUUCUCAUUUCUCUUCUACCAUCUAUUCUCAUUUCUCGCCUACCUCCUCUCCAUUAUUCUACCUUUCACGGCAUAUCAAUAAGUACGUAGAGUGACCUGGUAAGACUAAGCAUUAUAUAACUAGGCGUGUUUACAUACGGAGUUCGCAAGAGUCAAAUUUCGAGGUCUGGUAUUUUCUUUAAUACUGCACUUCUAAUCCACACACUACUAAUCCCAAGGGUGACAGAUUAAGGAGUUUCAACUGUAUACAUAUGUUCAUAGUAAAUUCCUGCAAAAAAUUU